AUGUCUUACCAGGCCAAGCUUUCUCACGAUGGGUACAUAUACACUAAGCAUGAUGGGUUGGUACAAGGUCUUCGCACUUACGGUGUCAUUCAACCCGAAAACAAGAUUCGCGACGCCGAUACUAGAAAAGUCUGGGAUGCCAUUGUUAUCGGUGCUGGUUACACUGGUCUGAUUGCCGCCCGUGACCUUGUCAAAGCCGGUAAAAAGACUCUCCUGCUCGAGGCUCGUGACCGUGUCGGUGGUCGCACUUGGUCUGCAGAGGUCGAUGGUACCACAUACGAAAUGGGCGGAACCUGGGUUUCGCACGUACAUGGUCGCCUCUUUGCUGAAAUGCAGCGCUAUGAUCUUAAAGAUGCGGUUCAAAUGACGCGUACCGAUGGCGGGGGUUGUUCUUAUUUCACUCUAGAUACCGGCUCCGGCUCGCGAAAGCUGUCUCUGGAAGAUGCCGGUGCGAUGACACAGCGAGCUUGGAAGCUCUUCAUGAACUACGACGGUCUCGAUGGCCGUAUAAUUUGUCCUUUGCCGUACUCCACCCUUGGCAACUCGCGGGUUUCUUUUGAGCAAGUUCAGGCUGUUGACCAAAUGUCCUGCCGCGACCGAAUCAAUCAAAUCAAGGACCAACUCUCCGCCGAUGAGCUUGCUCUUCUGGAAUCUUUGGUGCCACAUAUGUGUGCUGGUACUGUUGAAGAUGUUGGAUAUCUAGAGAUGCUUCGGGCCCAGGCUCUUCAAGGCUUUACCCCCGAAACCUUUGAGGAAGUUUGGACACUCUACAAGAUCCGUGAGGGACAGUCCGCGCUUGCCCGUCGCAUCUUCGACGAUGCUGUCCGUCUUGGCCUACAGUACUCCUUCAGAACUCCCAUUAAGUCUAUCAUUGAUCGACAUGGCGUUGUAUCCCUCGGUACCACCACUGAUCAAACCUUCCGUGCUCGUCGGGUCAUCAACACCAUCCCCCUUUCCGUUCUCCACACUAUCCACUUUGACCCUCCUCUCUCGCCACUUCGUCAAGAAGCCAUGCGUAUUGGCCACCUCAAUCACCUUACGAAAGUCCAUGCCGAGGUUGAGGGAGAUCUGCGUGGCCUCCGCGGCUGUACUUGGCCCGGUGAUCUUCUUUACGUCUAUGGGGAUGGCUUCUGUGCUGGUAAUAAGUCUACUCGUAUCACUUCGUUUGCUGGUGAUAACCGAGGCAAGCUUGAUCCCACCAAAGAGCCUGAGCGUAUCGAAACUGCUCUGCAGCGCUUUCAUCCAAUGAAAAUUAAGAAAGUUCUUUUCCAUGACUGGCUCUCUGAUCCAUAUGCUCAGGCUGGUCCUGCUUGGUAUCGUACUGGUUACCUUACCAAGUAUCUAGCCGAGCUGCAGAAACGUCAUGGAAAUGUUCUUAUGGCUAAUGCCGAUUGGGCAUCCGGUUGGCGAGCUUUUAUUGAGGGUGCUAUGGAGCAAGGUGCUCUUGCAGCUGACACCGUCAUGAACGAGAUUGGCAUUCUUGGUGCUAACCCGCCCAAUGAUCCUGUUCGUGAGUCUAGUCUGUGA